CCUCCUAUGCCCCGCCCCCUCCACGCUCUAGAAGCUUGAAGCCGCGGCGUGAGGUCGGGCCGUGCGCGUGGGCCCCAUGGCUGCCUCGGGGAAGCUCGGCACUUUCCGGCUUCCCCCGUUGCCCACCAUUCGGGAGAUCAUUAAAUUGUUCGGGCUGCGAGCGGUGAAGCAGCUCUCCCAGAAUUUCCUGCUGGACUUGAGGCUGACAGACAAAAUUGUAAGGAAAGCUGGUGAUCUAGCAGAUGUUUAUGUUUAUGAAGUGGGUCCUGGGCCUGGGGGAAUCACAAGAUCCCUUCUCAAUGCCAAUAUUGCUGAACUUCUGGUGGUUGAAAAGGACACUCGAUUUAUUCCAGGAUUACAGAUGCUUUCUGAUGCAGCACCUGGAAAACUGAGGAUUGUCCAUGGAGAUGUGCUGACAUAUAAGAUAGAAAAGGCUUUUCCAGACAACAUUAGAAGACAGUGGGAAGAUGAUCCUCCAAAUGUACAUGUUAUUGGAAAUCUGCCUUUUAGUGUUUCAACUCCAUUGAUUAUCAAGUGGCUUGAAAAUAUUUCUCUUAAAGAUGGACCUUUUGUUUAUGGGAGAACUAAGAUGACGUUAACAUUUCAAAAGGAAGUGGCAGAGAGACUUGUAGCCACUACAGGAAGCAAACAGCGCAGUCGUCUUUCCAUUAUGGCCCAGUACCUCUGCAACGUUGAGCACCUCUUUACAAUUCCAGGAAAAGCUUUUGUUCCCAAACCAGAGGUUGAUGUCGGAGUGGUGCACUUUACGCCCUUGAUACAGCCCAAGAUCAAGCAACCAUUCAAACUGGUAGAAAAAGUUGUGCAGAAUGUGUUUCAGUUCCGAAGGAAAUUCUGUCACCGAGGGCUUGGAAUGUUAUUCCCUGAAGCUCAGCGUCCAGAGAGCACUGGAAGGCUCUUAGAGCUGGCAGACAUCGAUCCGACUCUCCGACCCACCCACCUCUCGCUCAUGCAUUUUCAGAGCCUGUGUGAUGUCUAUAGAAAGAUGUGUGAUGAAGACCCACAACUCUUUGCUUACAACUUCAGAGAAGAGCUCCAGCGAAAUAAGAGAAAAGGCCAAGAGAAAGAUGACAUGGAAAGCUGUGAGUUCUAACUGCUAACCUAGGGCUCCCAGCCCGACAGGGCCAUAUCCACAGUGUGGGUCCUCCACAUGUGUACUUACUUGUAAAGACAGAUGACUUAUAUGCAGUUUUCUAUCCAGCUUGAUAAGAAAAGAAAUGCCAAGUAAAUACAGUACAAGCUUUCCUUUAAUAUAUAUACUGCAUAGAUACGACAUGUUUAUUAUAAACAGCAUUUAUUACAACCUUCAAAAAUGAAAUAUCUGCACAUUGUGCCCCUAAACCAUGUAAAAAUAACUUAAAUGUGCUUUAAAGCAAAAACCUAACAGCUCAAAGAAAAUGCCCAAAGGAUUGGGGGAGGGACCCUUUUAAAAGCU